UCAAGCAGCGAGGAAAAGAGAGAGAGCGAGCGAGCGAGCGGGCGAGAGAGAGGUGCACCCCGGCAGACCAACUGAAGAGCGCGUGUGUGCAAACUGGGAUGAGUAAAUGCACUGAGCAGCUUAGCUGUUGAUACAGUGCGCGCGAGAGAGAGAGAGUGUGUGUGCACGAAAGCGAGUGAGAGAGUGAGAGAGAGUGCGAGCGAGAGAGAGAGAGAGCGCGAGCAAGAGAGCGCGAGAGAGAGAGAGAGAGAGAGAGAGGGGGUGAGAGACAAGAAGUGAAAGAGAGGAAAAAGGGAAGAAAGAAGCAGAGAAGAAAAAGGGAGGAUACUACAACUAUGCUGUGCUGCAUAAGAAGAACCAAACCGGUGGAGAAGAACGAGGAGGCGGACCAGAAGAUUGAGCAGGAUGGUACCACCAACAAACCCGAGGACAAGGCCCACAAGGCUGCCACCAAAAUACAGGCUAGCUUCCGUGGACACAUAACUCGGAAAAAGAUGAAAGACGGAGAGGAGGAGAAGGAGGGAGACAGUCCCGCUGCUGCAGAAGAGGCGACGGAGGGGGGAGAAGAGGCAAAGAAGGCAGAGGGGGAGGAGACGCCUGCGAAGGAGGAGGAAGGCGCCGGAGAGGAGGCCAAGAAGGAGGGAGAGGAGAGGAGCCAAGCCAAAAGCCCAGUGGCAGACAAGCCAGUUAACUCUCCAGCAGCCGACGCUGCCUCUCCUGCCGGCGCCGCCACGUCCCCGGCCGCGGCCGCCACCUCUCCCACGGCGCCCUCCGAGCCCCAGAAGGAGGAGGCCAAGGCGGAGGAGAAAGCCGAGGAGAAGCCCAAAGAGGUGGAGGCCCCGGUGGCGGCGGCCAAGAGUCCCACCACAGCCAUAGCUGAGGAGAAGAAGGAGAAGAGCGGGGAGGAGGAGGAGGAGGCCAGACAAGCCGACGUGCCUGCUGCUGUCAGCCCAACAGCUGAGAGGGAGGAGCCCAACCAAACAAAAGAUGCUGCAGGCGAGUCUAAAGCAGAGGAGGCCGCCCCGGCAGACGCCACCGCAGAGGCCACCGAAUCCAAGGAUGACUAAGGCCGAGUCCCACCCGAAGAAAUCAAAAUUAACAGUAUGAAAAGUAACACAAAAACAAAAAUCGAAAAAGGUUGCUCUUUGCCUUCCCAGUGCGAAGGCAGUCCGUUUCUAUUUGUUUGUCAUUUUUUGUGUGGCAAUGAUUUUCUCAUGUUGGGGGAGUUUCCAGCGUGAUGUUUUUUGGCUCAAGCUAAUACUAUCAAGAAGGGGUGGUGGUGAUGAUGACGAUGGUGAUGUUGAAGAUGAUGUUAAAUAAAAAUGAUUAUUAUUUGAUGAUGAUGAGAAGGAUCUGACUCGGUAAAACUAUUUAAUGUAAGCGAGACCAUGGACCCAAUGCUCCCAACUGGGUAUUUACACAUUUAAAAUGCAUUGGCAAUGCCCCAGACUUUAUUUGCAUUGCAAUGCACCCUUUUUUCUUUUUUUUUUCGAACCACCAAACCACGCUGCAAACAAAAUCCCUUCUGCGAAUGCACGCACAAACGCAAGCAGGUUUUCAAAUGCAACUCCAGUUUUCAACACAGCAUACGUGUAUUGAGAACACGCCAAAAAAGUUCAUGUAAACACAUCCAAUGGAAACGAGAAUGUACUAUUAAAUGUGUAAUAUGUCCAGUUGGGCGGCUUUAACCUCAAUCAAAGACCAAGUAUAUACCAACAUAUACAGGACGAGACUAUUGCUCUUUUUACUCAGCUUGAAUCAUUCAAGCUUGGUUUACACCCUUUUUACAAACUCUCUGUUUACGUACAUUACAGUUAAGGACCUGUUGCCAUUUAAAUGACUCAUAAUAAACUAUAAGAAACUACUGUAAUAUUGAUGUAUUUGGCUCUUACAUACAGAUUUGUGUUCUGCCAAGCAAAUGUGAGAACAGUAGCAUGAACCAUUGAACCAGAUGCAUGAUGGGAACUCUCCCUCUGAGAGGAACUUUUUCGCAGUCACAAAAACUUAAGAGCUGUGGCGGCUUCUUUUUGAUGUCUUUGGUGUUGUUAUGACAGUUUAUAUGAAUUGGAGAAAUACUCUUGCACUGAUGUUACGAAAAAAAGUAAAAAUAAGAAUCUAACCAACGAGGAAACAAACAAAGAAAAACCUACAAAAAAAUUCCUAUGUUCCAGUGAGUGCAAUGUCCAGUUUCAACCUUAUCAAGGAGUUCAAACUUGUGAGAAAAAAUAUGAAAAAAUAAAAAUGGUUUCAAUGUCUGUUUUCAAAAUAAAGCAAAUGUGCCAAUUACCAUCAUAAA